AUGGGAAAGAGAAGAAACUGGUUUACCUUUGUCAAGAGACUUUUCAUUCCUGAAACAGAACCAAUAGCUGAUCAAAAGAAACCAAAGAGAUGGAAAUGUUGCUUUUUGAAAAAGUUCAAGUUGAGGAAAUGUCCUGCCAUAACAUCAGCUCCUCAGCAAACAUUAACUGAGGUGAAAGAACAACAAAGGAAACAUGCUUUUGCAGCUACUGCCAAUGCUGCUGCUGAUGUUAUCCUUCUAACGAAUGCUCCAAAUGAAUUCAAAAGGAAACACAAAAAAGCUACCAUUAAAAUCCAAAGUGCUUAUCGUGCUCACCUGGCCAAGAAAGCAUUAAGUACUAUAAAGGGUCUUGUGAAGCUUAAAGCAGUGAUUAGAGGUGAAAUUGUCAGAAGAAGACUUAUUGCCAAAUUGAAUUUCAUGUUGCCACUUCAUCAAAAGCCAAACACAAGAGUUUAUCAAAUUAAACUCCCUACUUUAGAAGAUUAUCAUGACUAUAAGGACAAAAAACUCAUCAAUAGUCCAAGGGAAAUUAUGAAAUCUAAAGAACUAAAGCUUAAAUGCAAGAGCCUUAGGGCUUCGAAUUUCAAUUUGUCUUCAGAACAAGACAGUGAAGCCUUGUGGCCAAGAAGAGAAGAAGCCAUUGACAAACGAGAGCAUUUGAUGAAAUACUUGUUUUCACUUAGGACAAAAUCCUAGAUUUGCAGCAUUACUUCUGGACAUGAAAACAAUCAGAAAAAUGGAGCUAUAAUUGAAGCUUCAAACUUCUUGAGUAAUCUAUCUACAGUUGAUUGAUGAAAGCCA